AUGAGCAUUCUCUCUUUCCGAACAAGCUCCCGUUCCGUAACCGAAACCGUAAACGGUUCACACAAAUUCGUAAUCAAGGGCUACUCACUCGCAAAAGGAAUGGGAGUCGGAAAACACAUAGCCAGCGAAACCUUCACAGUCGGCGGUUACCAAUGGGCAAUUUACUUCUAUCCCGACGGUAAAAACCCCGAGGAUAAUUCCGCGUAUGUUUCCGUUUUUAUCGCGCUUGCUUCCGAAGGAACCGAUGUUCGUGCUCUCUUUGAACUCACUCUGCUUGAUCAGAGUCCCAAUGGAAAGCAUAAGGUUCAUAGUCACUUUGAUCGAUCUCUUGAGAGUGGGCCUUAUACUCUCAAGUAUAGAGGCAGCAUGUGGGGAUAUAAGCGGUUUUUCAAACGUGCGCAACUCGAGGCGUCAUCCUUUCUUAAGGAUGACUGCUUGAAGAUAAAUUGCACUGUUGGUGUUGUUGUGUCGUCCAUAGAUUGUUCUAAAUUGACUACCAUACAUGUUCCUGAAUCUGAUAUUGGAUCGCAUUUCGGCAUGCUGUUAGAGAAUGAGGAAGGAUCUGAUGUUACUUUCUCUGUUGGCGGAGAAAGGUUUCACGCGCAUAAACUUGUUAUGGCAGCUCGGUCAACUGCAUUUGAAACCGAGUUUUUUAAUAGGAUGGAGGAAGAUGAUUGUGAUAUUGUUGUUACGGACAUGGAACCUAAGGUUUUCAAGGCUUUGCUUCAUUUUAUUUAUAGAGACGCACUUAUAGAAGAUGAAGAGUUCUUCAUGUCAGAUAUAUCUAUAGAUUCGGUUGCCUAUAUUCUGGCUCUUGCCGAUCGUCAUCAUGCUACGGAGUUAAAGUCCAUCUGUCUACAAUUUUCAGCUGAAAACCUUAUUGCUGUGAUGCAGUCUGAUGGUUUUGAGUAUCUAAAGGAAAACUGUCCGUUGCUGCAAUCAGAACUGCUCAAGACAGUUGCAGGAGGGGACGAGGAGUUUAGUGGAGAAGGAAAAUGCCGAAGUGUAUGGGCCCAAGUUUCCGACGGUGGUGAGACUAAUGAUAGGAGUGUAAGACAACAAACCUGGGAAAACGGAGUUGAAAGAGGUCAGAGCUUAUGGGUUAACCUUUCUGACGGUGUAAACAAUGAUAGGAGUCCAGGGCAAGAAGCUUGA